UACAUGUAACUCGUACAGUUUCGAGGAUCCAAAGAUCCAAAUAAAAUGGAAUCCAUUUACAGAAGAUUGCAGGGUACCUCAGUCAGAUACGCAGGAGAGACAUUUUCACUAUUUUGCCUGCCAUCACAACUAAACGAGAACUACUUCAACAUCGCAUGCACCAAAUUAGCCUGACUCACGCUCACAACCAAUGUCUUGAACAGAGUCUGGAUCUCCGGGAUUAAAGGAGGUGAGGGUCGCAUUGUGUAGGAGGAGGAAAUAAACUAUAAUAUGUCAUAACUUGUUGUAUCAUGCCAUGACUAUUACCUAGCUAAACUUUAUAUAUUAUGGCUUUUUUAUAUUAAAAACAUGAAAACUAUGUAACUUGAUUAUUACAGUUUAUAACUAUGAAUACUACAUCAUGUCCAUUAUGUUCUGGGCCAAAAGCACAAGCAAAGCUCGCCUGAAUAGUGAAUUUGUAGGUAAGAAACUUCCUUAUACUGAAGAAAUGGAACCGGUACCGCGAUAAUAACUACAAAUUAGAACACCAGACUGUAACGAGGUUGUUUGUAUAAUAUGCUGCUCAAAUCAUCUUUCAAAACUUGCACUAAGACAUACGUGCUUGGCGUUAUCAGCAUCGGGCACACUAGUGCGAUUUUAAAAACCCUUGACGAUGCCACCAGUUUGUCUGGUUCUGAUAACGCGAAGCACUCAUGUUUUAAUGCAUGUUUUUCUUUAUUUUUAACAAAAUUGUCUCCUUUUUUUAGCAAGCCUACUUAACUUUUGCGGUUAAUCACACGCUAAAAUGUACUAGCUCACACGAGUAUUUCCUCUGGUUGACCUUGGGCUGUUUUCAGAGCAGCCACGAUUUUAUGCAUAGUCGAAUUCAUCGAGAACAUUCCCCAUUACGAAAUUCGAUUCUUCAUUCACAAAGCCUCAUCUUACUGACACUUUGUCCACUCAGCCCUCAGCAUUGUACAUGUUAUAACCUUAAAGCUUCUUUCAACAUCUGAAAUUAAAUUUUACUAGUGGGACCAGCAAAUCUAACGUCUUCUCUGAAAGCAGAGCGUUAAACUUAAGAACUGCCCAUUCCGGCGAUAAAAGUCAUGAUAAUCUUCAUCAUCGUUAACAACAACAUUUGCAUCAUCCAAACAACCAUUUUAGCCACCAUUCCGAUAAUUUUUUCCCAAUAAGAACAUUGCUACAUUCCACGACAUAAUUUGCGUGUUUGUUGUUUUGUUGUUCAUUCAGUCUGGCUUCGUUUUCAAGGAAAAAGACAACCUAAAAGUGCCUCCAAAAGUUAGAAUGGUUUCUGUGUGAAAUAGUCUUGAUCUGUAAUAAUCAGAAUACGAGAUUGUAAUCAAUAUUGUUAUGAUUUCUAAUUGUCAUGAUAUAAACUGCAUGUAGUUAUGAAAUAUUAUAAAAGUCAUGAUACAGAACUGUUUUGAUGCUUGUACCAUCGUUUGGAUAACAUCAUCGUCUAGUUGGCUUCUAAGUCACUUCACCGUUUAUUUUCUACUGGAAAUCAUGUUUGAUAAAAUAAAAAUGGAGCUAUUUGUCCCUCACUCUCUUGUUUUGGCGUGUAAUAAUAGAUCCCUGACACCGAUGGCCAAUCAUAAAGACCGUACUAAUCGAGUAUCUCGCCUAACCAAUCUUCCUCCUUAACCACCGGCUUAUCAUCACAACGCCAGGCAGUCUCGAGCAUAUCUUACAGAGGGAAGGACAUGUCUGUCUCCAGGAUGUGGCAAGCCGUUUUCGCCCUGUUUCUGUCAGCGUCACUAGCGGAUUCGAUGAGUUCGCCUCGGGUUCCUUCAGGCAAUGGGGUGAGCUUAGAGGUUACCCCCAACCAGAUACACGAAGGAUUUACAGAUCAACUGACAAUCAACUGCACUUUCUCUCAUGAACAGGGCUCUAUCUUCAGUACAGUCAUGUCGCUUAUAUUGUCAAAGACAGAUUCCAUUAGCGAUUCUACCUACAGUGAAGUUGCUACUAUCACGGCGUUUUCAAACAAUAAAGUGAAUGAAAAACACACGAUGGGAGCGCAUGUGACCGGGCUACACAAACCAGAUGCUUUUUCCUUCAUCGCCUUAGAGUGGUCAUACCCAAGUAGCCAGGUGGAAGGCAAAUACAUGUGUGAGGCCAACGGUAUGGACAUUGAAGGACAUCCACUGUCCGCUUCGGCCAACUCAGUGCUUGAAGAAAAAGCAAUCAGCGUUGACAUAGUUCUUCAGAGGGUCAAGGAAAUGGACAUCAGGAUGAACGUAAUGGACGUAAAGAUGAACGCAUUGGACGCAAAGGAGAAAGAAAUGGAUACAAAGAUGAACGCAAUGGACGCAAAGGAGAAAGAAAUGGACAGCAAACUGAAUGACCUAAGAACACGUGUGGAUAACUCUAAAGCUGCAAUUAUUUACAAAUCGACGAGCUAUGGAGGCAAAAACUAUUUACUUUCCAAGCAAAUAUUAAUUAAUGUACCGGAAGCAAAUCGUCUAUGUCGUCUUUAUGGCGGAUAUCUAGUGGAAAUCAAUGACAGGCACGAGUUCGACUACCUGGUGAAUUUCGCCCACUCCCACGUUCCUGGGCGUGAAGGUGUCAUCAUCGGAGCUACAAACGAAGGCCAUGGAAGCAGCUGGACUUUUAUUACCUCAGGUGCACACAUGUCUACUCUCGUGUGGGAGUCUGGCCAACCGAACGGCGGAUCGCAACAUUGUUUGUAUUUCUGGACAAAUCUUAAGCAAAUGUUUGACGACCCCUGUCUAAAAUAUUCCUCAAACUGGCCAGUGCGGUUUCUAUGCGAAGUUCCUAAUUGAUUGUUAAUGCCUUGGACAAGGCAAUAUGAACGAAAAUAAAGCUUAUUUGUUUCACACUAA